CGACUCAAAAUGCACCAGACCAAUACAUCAGCAGCAGCAUCCCUCUUUGCUCAUUCACACUCAAUCUUGGGCAUCAUUGAGUGAAAAAUGAAGCCAUCACAAAUUGCUUUGUGUGCACUGUUGGUUCUGCUUCUUGCAGAAGUACAAGUUUCAAUGGCAGUAACAUGCAGCCCAGUGCAACUGAGUUCAUGUGUGAGUGCAAUUACAUCUUCAUCUCCUCCUUCUAAGCUAUGCUGCUCCAAGAUCAAGGAACAAAAACCCUGUCUCUGUCAAUACCUCCAGAAUCCCAAUCUCAAAAAGUUUGUGAACUCUCCAAAUGCCAGGAAAGUUGCGAGCACUUGUGGAACUCCCUAUCCAAGGUGCUGAGUGUUCUUGCUGGAAGGAGGAGACUUUCUCUGCCUACAUACAGAUGCAAAGCUUGAUGCAUAGUGUUCUCUGAUAUUAGAAUAAAAAUACUAUCAUGUUUGGUGUGAUCUGUCAAUGUCAUCAUUUUGCUUCCCAGUAGUAAGUGAACUAGUCUUGAUGGAUGUGAAGCUGUGAUCAUAUUUAUUUCCAUUUAUGUUCCUUGGUGUGAGCUCAUCCUACUUAUAAUUCAAAGCAGUGUCAGAUCAUGUUUACUGAUUAAAA